UCUCUCCAUUUUUUUCUUAGCUUUGUCCAAAGGUAGGUUAGAACUGUGAGACGGAUCUAAUGCUGAAAAGAAGAAGAAAAGGCCAACUUUUUUUAACUCGGUGAUUGACUCACUCACCGAGUCAAUUUGGCAAUUUAAAAAUUGGUCCUAAAUCCUAAUCAUAAUUUCUGUGGAAUAGCUUUAUCUUAAAAAGAAAAAAAAAGGGAUAAACAAAAAAGAGAGGAAUCAGUGGAUAGAUGGGGAGUCUGGUGGAAGAGAUUGAAGGUGAUAGAGAAUACGAUUUUGAGGAUGUUAUAUUUGUUGCGGUGGGGAAAAAUGUGGAGAAGAGUAAAACAACGCUUGAUUGGGCGGUUGACAACUUUCCCGGGAAAAAGAUAUGCGUUCUUCACGUUCACCGGCCUACUCAUGUACUUGCAUUGACAGACGGAAAGCUUGCGCGCAGUAAAUUGAAACAGCACGCAGUAGAGGCAUUCCAGAAACUUGAAAGACAAAGAUUGCAAGAACGCUUAGAUGAAUACCUUCUUAUUCUUGAUCAUUCAGGGGUACAGGCAGAUGCACUGUGGAUAGAAAUGGACAGUGUUGAAAAGGGAAUUUUAGAAAUUAUAGCAAGGCAUAAUAUUAGAUGGCUUGUUAUGGGAGCAGCAGCAGAUAAAUAUUACUCAAAGAAACUAGUAGAACUAAAGUCCAAGAAAGCAACCUUUGUAUGCCAAAAUGCACCAGUUUCUUGUCAUAUCUGGUUUGCUUGCAAGGGUCGCCUCAUCUAUACUAGAGUAGGCAGACAAGACGGAUCUAGUAGAGAGAUUGCAACUCCAUCACCACCAAUGGAUUCACCCCUAAGAACAGAACAAGCAGUGAUGCUGUCAGAAUCCGUGCUUAGGGAGAGAUCUCCAGGCAUAACUUUGUUGCUGAGCCGUGCAGAACCACAGGAAGAUGCCAACGUAGUGAGAGGAAAUUUAAGGCCUAUUUCCCUGUAUUCAGUACAUCCAAACUUGCCUAGCAAUGGAGUGGUUGACACUUAUGGAUCAAUCAUGUUGCAGAUGGAUGAGGAAGAACAUCAAGGACAAGCAAGUAAUGAAACUGAUCAACAACUAGAAGUGUCUACUAUAGAUGAUCAUAACUUAAAGCAGGAAGUCUUUGCAGAGACAAUGAAGCGAUGGAAGGAGGAAAAUGAUGCCAUAGAGGCUGCAUGCAAGGCAAAGGCUUUAGAAAGCUUGUGUGUGAAGGAGAUGAGCCGAAGGAAAGAGAUGGAGGAAUUGCUUGAAAGAGAAAAGCAAGAAGUACAAAAGAUGAAGGAUCAACAUGAUGAAUUUAUUAAAGAUCUGCAGAUGGUUAAGGACCAAAGGACGAUACUUGAAAGCCAAAUUGUGGAGUCCCAAUGUGUAGUGGAGGGGCUGGAGGAAAAAAUGUUCUCGGCUGUGGAACUUCUGAUUAGUUUUAAGAAAAAACGGGAUGACUUGAGAAUAGAGCAUGAAAAUGCCAUAAGAGUGUUGAAAAAUCUGAGGAAACUUGUAAAUGGUGGAGAUUCAAGCUUUCCUGGGUCCCAAAUCCUUGAAUUUUCUUUCAUAGAGAUUAACAAUGCCACUCGUGAUUUUGAUCCUUCUUGGAAGAUUGGAGAAGGAAAAUAUGGAAGUGUAUACAAGGGUCUCCUUCGCCAUAUGAAUGUUGCUAUAAAAAUGUUGCCAUCUUAUGGCUCUCAAAGCCUUUUGGAAUUUGAGAAUGAGGUAGAGAUAUUAAGUCGGAUUAGACAUCCAAAUCUGGUAACAAUAAUUGGAACUUGCCCGGAGUCCAGGUCACUGGUCUUUGAGUACCUCAGGAACGGCAGUCUAGAAGAGCGCCUUGCCUGCAAAAAUAAAUCUCCACCACUUCCAUGGCAAACUCGAAUUCGCAUUGCUUCUGAGAUAUGCUCUGCUCUUAUCUUCCUCCAUUCUAAUAAGCCUUGUAUCCCCCAUGGGAACUUAAAACCUUCUAAGGUCCUUCUUGAUUCCAAUUUCGUAUCAAAGCUCAUUGACAGUGGCAUUUACCGCUUGAUUCCACAAGGCAAAAGUACUGAUACUUCUGCUUUGUCAUCUGUUUAUAUGGAUCCGGUGUAUCUUGAGAAUGGAGAAGUUACUCGAGAAUCUGAUGUGUACUCAUUUGGAAUGAUACUGUUACGACUUUUGACUGGGAGAUCGGCUUUGGGGAUCUUGAAUGAUGUAAAAUGUUCGAUAGAGACAGAAAACUUUAACAUGGUGUUGGACCGAACAGCUGGGAACUGGCCACUUGAAGAAGCCCAACUGUUGGCUCACUUGGCAAUAAGGUGCUGCGAUACACAGCCAUUGGAUCGACCAGACUUUGUGUCAGAAAUCUGGAGUGUGCUUGGUCCAAUGAGAGACUCAUGUGUCAACUCAGCUUCAUGCUUGGAAGCUAAGGAGCUUCGUUGCGCCCCUUCUCAUUUUGUCUGCCCAAUUUUUCAGGAGGUGAUGAAAGAUCCAAUCAUAGCGGCUGACGGUUUCACAUACGAAGCCGAUGCUAUUAGAGGAUGGUUGGACAGUGGCCAUGACAGAUCACCCAUGACAAAUCUUAAACUUGAACACUGCAAUCUGGUCCCUAAUUAUGCUCUUCUUCAGGCAAUUCAAGAGUGGCAGCAACAAUAUUGAUGCUUUUAUCUCGUUUACGAGUCACAACGAUCGUAUCUGGCCACCUGAUCUGAUUAAAAAUAUAUAGCUUAUUCAUACUCUCAUGUAUAGCUCAAGGGAUGACAGUGCCAUCUAUGAAUAAAAAAGUUUCACUUAUUAUUCUUUAAAGAAUAUUAGCUGAACAAAAAUUUCACUUCAUCUUAUUAUUCUUUAUAAAAAUGUUUCAGUGUUUUU